AUGGCCGUGUCCUGCUACGCGCUCAACAGCCUAGGGAUGAGGAAGAGGGGCGAGGAAGAGGAGGAGAAGCGCGGCGGCGGCGGCGGCGGCGGCAGGAGCAAGACGCCUCCCCUGGCGCGCAGGCAGGGGCUGCCCGGGCCGGGCCGGGGGAGCGAGCGGCACAGCAGCUACUGCCCGCUGCCCAGGCGCAGCGUCGGCUCCAGCAGCAGCAGCGGCAGCAGCCCCAGCAGCAGCAGCAGCAGCAGCGCCGCCGCCGUCGGACCGGCUUUCCUUUUCCCAUCGGCGGAGCAGCCCGAGCCGGUGGCGGCGCCCGGGGCUCCUCGGCGGCCGAGCGGCGGCAGCCCCGGCUGGGCGAGGGGCUCGGGGCCGGGGCUGCAGGCGAGCCGCCCGGCCCGGCCCCCCUCGCCUGCCUCGCCGCGGAUCCUCCGGCGGGAGCUGCAGAACGUGCAAGUGACUCAGAAAGUGGGGCUCUUCGAGGCGCACAUCCAGGCGCAGAGCUCCGCCGCCGCGCUCCUCCUGAAAAGCCCCCGUCCGGGCAGGAGGAGGUCGCCUUCGCCCAGCCCGCUGCUUGUCGGCAUCCCAGCCCAGGGGACCAGGACGCAGGAGCAGGCGGGAAAGGCGAAGGGACCAAGGAGCUCUUGGCCCCCGUUGGAGACCAGGGAGAGGACAUUGGAGCAGGGUGCUGGGGCCAGUCUGGCAGGCGCUGCUGACAAGGCACAGAAGGGCAGCUGCCCGCUUGGUGCGCCUGGCACCGCGGAGAUGGAAAAUGGGCUCUCCAGCGCGCACCGCCCAGAGGACCUGGGGAUGGGCGGCAGGCUCUCCAGAGCGCAGGGUUCAAAAGAGGCAGGGGUGGGGAGCAAAUCGUCCCAGGCGCCCCGUUCAAGUGAGACAGAAGAGGGUGCCCUUUCAAAGAGGCAUUGCUGGGAUGAGAUGGAGGAUGCAAAGGGAGUAUCCAGGGUGCAGGAUUUGGGAGAGGCGAGGAGGCUGGGGUCUAGCGCCAGGCAGGAUGUGGAGAAGGAGAGACGAUCCCCUGAGGGGCAGGAUUCCAAAGUGCUGGAUAGGGCAAGUGGGUGCCAGGGGUCAGGAGGGACCAGCGGUGGGAGGCAGCCGAGAGAAGGCGAUGGGAGGUGUUCGGAGGGGCUGGAUGGGGCAAGCAGGUCCUCAGAAGCCCAGCAGGGGAGGAGCAGCUUUGGCAGAGGGCAGGGCUCAGAGGCUAGGGAGCUGCCCUUUGGAGAGCAGCUCUUGGAGGCAAGCAACCCACCUGGUCCUGCCAGGACUGAAAAGAAGGAGGGCCACGGCAGCGGCUGCCUGUUGGUCUUGGCACACUCUGUGAAGGAGCCAUCUUCCGAACUUAUGGCCGAAGUCACCGGAAAUGACCCGCAAGGGAAGCAUCUGGGAGAGCAGCUGCCGCCACCACCUGCAGAAGCAGGAGGGCAACAGGGGAAAUCCCCAGGAGAAGGGGAGAGCUGGUGUGGAGGAGGCAGCAGCGGCAUCCCUGCUGUCAUUGUCACUGACCUGGGCACUCAGGAGGAGGGAGAGGCGGGGGAGAGCCCCCCACAAAAUAUGCCCAUCAGGAAACUAUCUUCUUCCUCUGCUUCUUCCACUGGCUUUUCCUCAUCCUGGGAGGAGUCGGAGGAGGACAUUUCCAGUGAUCCAGAGCGGUCCUUGGAUCAGAGCCCAGCCUUUCUGCAGACCCUGGAUAAGCCACGAGUGAGCAAGUCAUGGCGGAAGAUCAAGAACAUGGUGCACUGGUCCCCUUUCGUUAUGUCCUUCAAGAAGAAAUAUCCUUGGAUCCAACUAGCAGGACAUGCAGGUAGCUUCAAAGCCGCAGCUAAUGGGAGGAUAUUGAAGAAGCAUUGUGAGUCAGAACAGCGCUGCCUGGACCAUCUGAUGAAUGAUGUCCUUCGGCCUUAUGUUCCUGCCUACCAUGGGGACAUAGUGAAGGAUGGGGAGCGAUACAAUCAGAUGGAAGAUCUGCUAGCUGAAUUUGACUCUCCCUGUGUUAUGGACUGCAAGAUGGGAGUCAGAACCUACUUGGAGGAGGAACUAACAAAGGCCAGAAAGAAGCCAAGUUUACGAAAGGACAUGUAUCAAAAGAUGAUUGAAGUAGAUCCUGAGGCGCCAACUGAAGAGGAGAAGGCUCAACAUGCAGUAACCAAGCCCCGAUACAUGCAGUGGAGGGAAACCAUAAGUUCCACAGCGACUCUGGGGUUCAGAAUUGAAGGAAUAAAGAAAGAAGAUGGCACCGUGAACAGGGAUUUUAAGAAGACCAGGACAAAAGAACAAGUCAUGGAAGCCUUCAGAGAAUUCACCAAAGGAAACUGUAAUAUUCUGAACAGUUACCUUAACCGGUUGAAGGGGAUACAUGCCACCUUGGAAACAUCGCCAUUCUUUAAGUGCCAUGAGGUCAUUGGGAGUUCUCUCCUCUUCAUUCACGACAAGAAGGAACAAGCCAAAGUCUGGAUGAUAGAUUUUGGGAAAACCACGCCACUUCCAGAGGGACAAACCCUCCAGCACAAUGUGCCCUGGGUAGAAGGGAACAGGGAGGAUGGCUACCUCUGGGGACUGGACAACCUCAUUGGGAUCCUGACAGAGCUGGCUCAGAGUGAAGACUUGCAUUAAAGCCAAAAGUCCAACUCUACCACUACCCAGAGCCCAGCCCCUCAAACUGACUUUCUGAACUGCACUACAAGACACUUUCCCCCCACCCCCAUCUUCUCCCUUCCAGUCUAAAAGUUAGAAGCCCUUCUAUUUAAGGUGUAAAUACAUUAGUUC